AUCACAACAAAACGAUAUCGUCCGUUGCGUUGAUCUAUUUGUUUAUUAUUUAAUUUUGAAGUCUUCAAUUAAAUAUAGUAUUUGUUACCUUUAACUUAAUAAUUUAUAAUGGCCCGGAUUUUCAAAUAUGUAGAACCGUACAGACUUUGUAAUGAGUGAGACAGACGAUACCGACGUUCUUCUGUUGAUACCGCCGAAUUUUUUCCUCAUUUGCAGUUCGGAAUCUGACAAUUCCUUGCUAGAAUCCUCAAGAACAGUUGUGCACAAACCGGUUUCGCGAACUGCACAUGUCCUAAGCAAGUUGGUCGACCAAGUGCAUUCGUUGGAGUCUAGGUUAGAUACCUUAGAACUAAACACUAGUACCACGUUUUCCACUACCAGUUCUAUAAAAAAUAAAACUUGUAACGACAGCUACAGGAGUCUCGACCGUAAGUGUUCAACAUUUCCUCGCAGACGUCGUAGAAAAGUUCUUAGACGUGAUAAGUGCUCAGAUUUAUCUUUGACUAGCUUUGACUGUAUGAGUUUACAUAGAAAUAUUCCUAAACUGAAGUUACCAGACACCACACAAAGUCGUAUAUCUGAAACCAUAAAUGAUUCACAAAGUAUGGAUGGCGAUAUAAGCAGUAUAAUCUCAACACCAAGUAAGACUAAUGAUAAAUUGCUUCUCCAUGAAAUAGACGAGUUUUUGACAAGAGUUGAGUGUUACGAAACACCAGAAACGAGAUUUAAAGGUGUUGAAAAACUAGGUCCUGAAAGUAUUAUACAAGCAACAAGUAGUUAUAUAGCACAACAGUUAGAGACAAAAAAUGAUGAGAACGAAAUUCAAUUGCCCAGUGGAAGGAAAGUCACGAGUGAAAUUUUAGACAAAUAUAUUUAUUUAGUAAAAAAUAAUGCUCUAUCUGAUAAAGAAGCUAGUGGUAAAAAAUCUGAAAAUGUUGAGAAUUCAAACUAUACUGCAUCACAGCAAACAAAACCAGAUAUACAAUGUCAAUCGAAAUCUCCUAGUGUAAGAAAAUUGAAUUUUAAUGAGAAAGAUGCUCAGACUACAUCUACACCUAAAAAGUAUUCUCAUAGUGCAAGCUAUUUAGAAAACUUUAAACCAUCAUCAAAUAAAAUAUAUGACCAAGCAUCAAAAGUGUUAGAGCAAUAUAAGUCUCAGAGUUAUUCACAAAAUGCUCCAUCCUCUGUCACAGACACUAAUGACUAUUUGUCAGAGAAAGGAGACUUUAAAAUGCCCCAAAUGAGACCAUUUGUUGACUCCAAGAACAAAAUGACAGCUUUACAAAUAGACUCUAUAGAUACAGAUCUUUUAAGCCUAAGUGAACUAUGGGGAGAGAAGGGAGAGCGGCUGGAGAGAGCUGACAGUUUGAAAUUAGAAGAAGAGAGAUUAAAAAGAGAGCAUUGUGAAGUAAUGAUACAACAACUUCAACGGAAGAUUCUGGAACAGCAAGAGAAAUUGGCGGUUGCUAUCCGAGUGGACCGCGGCAAAGACACUGCUAUCAACAAGCUGCGGGAUGCCUGGCUCCGGCUUACUCAUAGCCUGGACCGGGCCGAGGAGAGGCACCGGGCCGCACUGGAGAAGAUGGUCAAAGAAGUAGAUAAUUUUAAAAUGGUAGCCAAUGAUGCUCAGAAGAAAACCCGACACUUUGAAAGUGAACUUUACAAAGCUCUUGACUUAGCACAUGACUAUCAAGAAAAGUGUAAACAAAUAACCCAAGAGAAGAAGGAACUGCAGGAGAGUACUGAUAAAGUGAUAGCAGAGAAGGAAGAAAUAUUAAGAAGUAAAGAGAAGGAAAUAGAAGUUGUCAAAGACAAUUGUGAAACAAUAAUGAGACUGAAUAAACAAUCUGCUGACUGUGUUAAGAAUUUAGAAGAUGCUCUAGAAAAGGAAAGAAGAGAACAUGAAUUAACAAAGAGUAGAUUAAGUGAGCUGAGUGACAAGAUACAGUUAGAGCAAGACGAGGCAACCCUCGCACGACAGGAGAGAGAUGUGCUGAAGGAGAAGGUGAAUGAAGAGAGAUCCAGGUGCAAUCUACUUGAGCGACAGUUGUGUGAAGCUCAGAAUUUGAAUAGUGAUCUUGUUAAGAGAUGUGAGUCAUUAGACGGUGAGGUGAAGUCAAUGCACAAGCAGCUGGAGGUGCAGAAGAAUGAGGUGCGCGGACACUACCAGAGGCAGUUGGAGGCGGCCGUGCUGGCCAAGCUGCACGACUUCCAGGCGCAGCUGCACCAAGCACAGCAGGACAUGGAGGAGGAGGCACGCGCUAAAGAGAAUACUAUAGUUGAUACAUACAAUGCUCAGAUUUCAAGGAUCGAGGAACAACACAAGCUGGAGGUGAACAUUCUAGAAGAGAAGCAGAAGGAGGAGAUCAAGUUGUACCGGCUGCAGCUAGCACAAGCUGCAGAGAGGAUUGGAUUCCUCGAGAAUAAACUGGAGACAUACCGACGUCGGCGCGGUCAGAUAGCUACACAGCUGCACAGCGUGAUGGAGGCUCAAUGGCGGCAGGCGCUGCAGAUACUCACCAAUGGUCAGCCAGCCGCACAGACAACUAGCCAGCAAACUAACCAGUACACCAGUCUGCCGAACCCGCUGGCUGUGGCUAGUCAUGGCUUCACUUCAUUAGAUGUAUCGAGACCUGAUAGUGUAUUGGCUCCGAGCAGUAACAGCAAACCUACACAAAAACUUGCAACGGACGGACUGAGCGAUACUGAACUACAGCAGUAUGUUAAUAUGUUGCUAUCAAAACCAGUGAACUUCGAGAGUAACUUAGACACUGAAGGCGAGGACAUGAAGCGGCCCAGCUCGGAGCUGCAUGAGCCACCUACCAGCGAUCGUGCAGACAAACACGAGCGCAGAGACAAGACAAAGAAGACUUACAUUACUAAACCGCCCUGGAAAGCGUAGUGAAGUGAUUGUGAAUUUGUUACAAUACAAUAGUGGACUGUUAAACAAAAAACAAAGCUUUUACAAGUGUUUUUGUUGUGUCAAGUGAAGAGUUUUGUGUUUAUUCAAGAUUCAAGAAGGCGGCAAGACUCAUGAAAAUAACAGACAGGUAAAUAUAUGAGGAAUAUCUAAAUGUAUGUGUGGCUGUAGCGAGAGAUGUGCCAGGAACAUGUCACUGUGUACCACUUUAGAUUCUGAGCGUGUAGUUUUUGCUAAUAGUGAAAUUAAAUUGCAUCAAAAAUUAAUUAAUUAAGAAACGGCUUAACUUACGUGUGAUCGUCCAGUGACGGCACCAACUAGUUUAGGACCCAUAGGGGGUCCAUCUUCAGGGCGAGUGUUAAUUCCGAGGACUCAUAUAUAUUGCACUCAUAUAUAUAAGCUGUUUCUUAAUUAAUUAAUUAUGAUGUCUC